ACAGUGAAACACUAGAACUCCAUUCAUUCAGUCGAGGUCUUACACGUUCGCGGGUAGCCACGAAUCGCAACUCUUGUGUGCCCAUUUAAACCGUUUGGUCGGUUUUUGUGCAGUAGUUUGUGAUAAAAUUUGCUUCUAGAGGAGAAUUACGUGAAGCUUAGAAGGAUGAAAAGGAACAUUUGAAAAUGUGGAAUGGAUUUAGUGGCCAGAGGAAUUUAAAGAGAAAAUCCAUUACAUUUGCAUGGUGGCAGUGAAGAAGAAAAUUUGUGCCAGCACAUUGUGGUAGAAGAAGUUACAGAAGAUAGAUGCUAAAAUAUAUUUUUGAUGACACACUGUGCGAGACACUGGAAGAGUGAAGGAAUUUUUCAUACGACCACCCUGUGCAACAAGUGAAAAUGUGCAAAAUUUCUGUGAUAUUUACUUCAACAGUACUCAUAGUGUGGAUAUUCUCCGAUAGCCACGUCACAGCCCAAACUGUUGACGAUGAGAAUGAAUUGACGAAUUAUGAAAUGAGCAUUCAAUUCGAUAUGCCACUCAUUGAACCACACGAUGAGGAUGUCACACUGGAGGUUGGGUCAAACUACACACUGAGAUGCUCAUCCAAAUACAAAGUCACGUGGAUCACACCAUUUGGGAUGGACGACACCUCAUUUCCCAUCACCUCAAUGAAAACUCACAUUCCCGAUCGUUCAGAGGGGAGCACAAUUAAACUCAUUAAUGUUAAUCACAACCACGUGGGAUACUACUACUGUUUGCGCGAGGAAACAAAGGACCUCAUUGUUCCUGGACAAGAAAUUGAAUAUCUCGAUAAGCCAUAUCAUAGUUCCAAGAUUUACGUCUUUGUCGAUGAUCCAGCAAAUCUGAUGGUACCCAUAAUUCAUCCAGUAGCAUCAGCUGUUCAAUACGAACCAUUCGUCAUACCAUGCAGGCCUACAUCGAAGAAUGUAAACGUUGAAUUGAUAAAAGCCGAAGAUGAGUCGCAACAAGUUGAUGCAACAUUUGAUCCCAAGAAUGGAUUUACAAUUCAAAUCAACCAAUUGGCCGAUGGGGGUCUCUAUAAAUGUAUGGCAAUGAGAGAUUCAGUCCAAGAUGAAUCUUUCUAUCACAUUGAAGUCCUGAUAAAUAGUGAGUUACUAAAUGCAAGUGGUACAAAUUGCUCCACUGGUGGUGGUUUGAGUGCCCCAUGUGGGGAUUUGGGGACGACACCUUCGUUAUUAAUCAUCACCUCAACAUACAUUCCUCCAACAUCUGCUAUCAGCCCAACUAUUACAACUAAACUUCCUCGUGUAAAAUCUCUUGUAACACAUUCGCGUGUGUCUCCGAUGUCGCUAACUUGGAGUGAUAAGAAUUCAAUGAAAAGGACCUCAACGGAAUUCGUGAGUAAACCCAGAAUAACAUCCCAAACUGGAGAUCAUGCUACUCAAGGUGGCAAAUUGGAGCUCAACUGCACCGUUGAUAUGCGUGUGGGGGUGGCAUUCACCAUGGAAUGGGAGCUACCUAAUGACAAUAUCGCCAAAGAGGAAAAUCGAAUAGUAAUUGAAGGGCCAACAAAGGAAUUCAGUACCACUGAUAAAACCCUUCAGAUUGGUAGAUCAAGGCUGAUUGUUAACAAUGUGGAUAGAGCUAAAGACAAAGGGCUGUACGUCUGCAAAGUUACAGAUCACUCCAAGAAAUCCAAUUCAGACAACAAAAGAAUCACAAUUCUCGAUCCAAAUCAGGGAUUUAUAAACAUGAGCGAACCAAGUGGACGGUACACGAUAAAGACUAAUUCCAAUAAGGCAUCCGUACAGUGGAUAAUCCACUACACUGGUUACCCGAGACCAAUAGAUCUGACAUGGUAUGACAACCAGGAUAGGGAGAUUUCCUCCUGGGGUGAUGUAGAUGACAAAUAUGCCGUAACAAUUCGUGAGAAUGAUUGCGUCUUUCGCAUCAAGAGGAUCGAAUUGAAAGAUUCCGGAGAGUACACACUGAAGGCGGUUAAUGAGAUGGUUGAGCGAACGAUUAAAGUGAAGCUUAUUGUGGAGGAGAAGCCCACGGUGAAUGUGAAGGAUGUGUACGUGAUGGAGAAGCAGGAAGCUAUGGUCACGUGCGACUGUGCUGGGUAUCCACCAUCGGAAAUUGAAUGGACCUUCACGCCAUGCAUCAUCUCCCCGAAAUGGCCAACAUGCGAUAAAGCUGACUCUGUAACAUUUGGGGAUGAACACGUGAAGGUCACUGCACCCUCAACCCUCUUCCAGCAAUCAGAGCUGCGUUUCAUUCCCGAGCAACCUGGGAAGAUUACGUGCAGAGCAAAGAACUCCAAGGGAGAGGAUUCUGUGUCUGCAGAAGUCCUCGUUGGGGAUCUCAAGGAAUCCCUGGAAGUGUGGGGUGUUGAUGAGAAGAACCCCAUAUCUGUUGGUGAUGAAUUCAGCAUCUACUGCGGGGCACUCGUGUACAAUUUCACUGGACCCUUGUUGUGGUAUCGCGGUGAUUUACCCAUUGAAACCACAGAUGAGCUCACUGUGACGAAUUCCAAUACAAACUAUUCCUACCGCAGUACAAUCACGUGGAAGAAGAUGGCAGAAAGUGACUCAGGCACGUACGAAUGUCGCGGCAAUGUUCUCAAUGAGGAGCAUCAAGAGAGCAAAGACAUCGAUGUGCGCGUGUACGAACCCAUAGCGCCCCAACUGCAAACCACCAGCAUGGAAGGAUCUGAAAUUAUGAAAAGCCUCGGAGAACAUUUACGGCUGGAAUGCAUUUUUGCCGGAAUCCCUACGCCUAAGGUUGAAUGGUACAAAGAUGAUCAGCUCAUAGUCUAUCAUGAGGACUCCAAUUCAACGGUGGAUCUGUACGAUGACAAUACAAUCCUCAGCAUAAAGUACAUUAAGCCUGAGGAUCAGGGUGUGUACAAGUGCGAAGGGAAAAAUAAAUUGGGAUCAGAUUGGCAGCAGAUUUCACUUAAAAUAUCAGACAUGCCAGGCUUGAACAAAGGAUGGUUUAUUGGCAUUGGAGCCCUCCUCCUUAUUCUCUUGCUCUGUCUAAUCAUCCUCUGCGUAAGAAUGCGCCGUACAAGACGUAUCCUGAAGGAAAUGAAGGAAGCAGGGUUAGCAAACUUUGAGGAAGGUAGUCCGGAGCAAAUUAAUCCAGCCUUAGCUCUCGAUGAGCAAGCUGAUCUUCUUCCCUAUGACAAACACUUUGAAUUCCCGCGGGAAAAAUUGAAGUUGGGCAAGCAAUUGGGAGCUGGAGCUUUUGGAGUGGUAGUCAAGGGGGUGGCUCAGGGGAUCUUGCCCUAUGAGGAUGAGACAACAGUUGCCGUGAAGAUGGUGAAGAAGAAUACAGACAACGAAGUAAUGCGAGCCCUUAUUUCUGAGCUGAAAAUCAUGGUUCAUCUGGGGCAGCACCUGAAUGUGGUCAAUUUAUUAGGUGCCGUGACGAAGAAUAUUGCAAAAAGAGAGGUGAUGGUGAUUGUUGAGUACUGUCGCUUUGGAAAUGUUCAGAAUUUCUUGCUGAAACAUCGAGAUUACUUCAUAAACCAAAUAAAUCCGGAGACUGAUGAGAUUGAUCCAACGAUCCUUUCGGCUGAACAAAGGUGGUCUCAUGAUAGCGGGUAUGAGUAUAAUAGCCAGGGAUUAAAAUAUCUUAAACUGUCCUUUUCCAAUAAUCACGUCAACAACAAUACUAGUAAGGGCGAUGAGCGGCGCGUGCCAUCGAUUAUUAAGAAAGGUGAUGGUCCAGCGUCGCAUAUCAACUCAAAAGGAUACUUGAGGCAUUCGGGAAUGGAUACAUUUGUCGGAGGGAUGGACAGUUGCAACACAGAAGCCACCCUUAUAUCGUCUUAUGCUGAAGGAGGUGAAGACAACAUGGUCUUGUCUAACAACUCCGUCCAGCCAGCAUGGAGAUCAAACUACCGUAUGGACUACAAGGGACCAGCAAGGAAUGUAACAACCUCCGAUCUCGUGUGCUGGGGCUUCCAAGUUGCCCGCGGAAUGGACUAUCUUGCCUCGCGGAAUAUCCUCCAUGGGGAUCUAGCGGCACGCAAUAUCCUCCUCUGUGACGACAAUGUCGUGAAAAUUUGUGACUUUGGCCUAGCUAGAUCCAUGUACAAGAGCAACAACUACAAGAAGCAGGGCAAGGCGCCGCUUCCAUUCAAAUGGCUUGCCCUGGAAUCGAUCAGUGAUCAAGUUUUCAGUACAUACUCGGAUAUUUGGUCAUUUGGAAUUGUGCUGUGGGAAUUCUUUUCGCUAGCCAAAGUCCCAUAUCCGGGUAUGGAUGCUGAUCAGACGUUGUACUUGAAAUUGCGAGAUGGGUAUCGAAUGGAUAAGCCAUUGUGUGCAAAUCAGGACAUCUACGACGUAAUGCUUCAGUGCUGGUGCGCCAAUCCCGAGAGUCGGCCACUAUUUUCGGAUCUCGAGAAAAGACUGAGUAGUAUGCUGCAGGAGAGCGUGAAGAAUCACUACCUUGACCUCAAUGAGCCCUACUUGCAAAUGAAUAGCGAGUACCAGCGCACGGGUCAGCGGGACUAUCUCUCAAUGCUGGGACCACCAGAGUCAUUUGCACCGCCUGUGCCCAACUACGUCAAUCGGGACGUGAUGCACGAUCAGGCGCCUGAUGCUUCAUCGGCCAGCUACCUGCAGAUGAGUCCCAAGAGCGGCAGUGUUGCCUUCAGUGCACGCCCUAGCACAUCCACCGCGAAACAUCACUCACCCACACUUGCGAAUAAUCUCAACACCUCUAGUCCCUCCACGCAGAAGAAUCGCCGAAAGCCCGGUAUGCCCGAGGAGAUCCCCAUGUUGUCCAAAAGCACGAGCGCCGUGAGUUCGGACUCUGAACCCGAAUUGAGUCCAAAUCCGGUGGCGAGGGAGCGUACAAAGCGCUCCAUUGAUACAACCGACAACUACGUCAAUGUGCCAUCAUCCACCGUGAUCAACAUGAACAGCGUCUUUGGGCCAAGGGAUGCCUUCAGCAAUCCCACGUACGUGGGUGCGCAACCCAUGGGUAAAGUCGGACAACCCUGAUUACAUCCCUAAAGCAUCACACAGCCUUCAUCCUUUCUCCUGUCGCUUCCCUCUCGAUGCAUCCUUCACAAUUCAAUUGGUCAGUGACAAAUUCUUUUCUCCAUGAAUUCCGUAGGCGUACAACGACCCAAAGAAAUGCCAGCAUAAAGAGCGUUAAAACAUGAAAAUUAUCACAGACAUUGUAGCAUAAUGUGCUGAAUUAUUAAAGUUUUACGUGCUGCGUUGUACCGAGAAUUUCAUUAUUUUUAUAUGAAUUACAAUGAAUUACUUACUUUUUAAAUAUAAAACUUCUUUUAAAUGUAAGCGUACAAAAUAAUUGAAAAAAAUAAAGAAAAAAUGUUUUUAA